CGUUUGGAGUCGGCCCCCGGUCGCUACGCCAUCUUUGUCGGCUGCCCCAUUGUUCACUCAGAGACUACCAGCGGUGUGAAAAUCCCUCAUAUUUCUGCUGAAAAUAGACCCACGGCGUCACCGACUGCUGCCCGCGACAACCGUGGAUUUGCUCUCAGGGUCGCAGCUUGUUUUUGGCCGGCAAGUGUGACACAAUGGACGACGAGCAGCCCAAAACCCUGUAUGUUGGGAACCUGUCCCGGGACGUGACAGAAGCCCUCAUCUUGGAGUUGUUUGGCCAGAUCGGACCCUGCAAAAGCUGUAAAAUGAUUGUAGAUACAGCAGGUCACGACCCGUACUGCUUUGUGGAGUUCUAUGAACAUAGACACGCCACUGCCACAAUUGCAGCCAUGAACGGUCGGAAAAUAUUGGGUAAGGAGGUGAAGGUCAAUUGGGCCACAACGCCAACGAGCCAAAAGAAAGACACGAGCAGUCACUUUCAUGUUUUUGUCGGAGACCUCAGUCCUGAAAUCACCACAGACGACAUAAAAGCGGCUUUUGCUCCGUUUGGCAAAAUCUCGGAUUGUCGGGUGGUGAAAGACAUGGCCACGGGUAAAUCUAAAGGUUACGGCUUUGUCUCCUUCUUUAACAAAUGGGACGCAGAAAAUGCCAUCCAGCAGAUGGGAGGACAGUGGCUGGGAGGGCGACAGAUCAGGACCAACUGGGCCACCAGGAAGCCUGCCCCGAAAACCACAAACGAAUCUUCAAGUUCAAAGCAGUUGUCCUUCGAUGAGGUGGUGAACCAGUCCAGCCCGAGCAACUGCACCGUCUACUGCGGGGGGGUCACCACCGGUCUCACAGAACAAAUUAUGCGUCAGACCUUUUCGCCCUUUGGCCAAAUAAUGGAAAUUCGCGUUUUCCCCGAGAAAGGGUACUCGUUUGUGAGAUUCAACUCUCACGAGGCAGCGGCUCACGCCAUCGUUUCCGUCAACGGCACGUCCAUAGAGGGCUACGUGGUUAAGUGUUACUGGGGCAAAGAAACCACAGACAUGGUCCAGGGCCCCAUACAGCAGGUACCCAUGGCACAGCAGAGCACACUGGGCUUCGCAGCGCAGCCUUACAACCAGUGGGGGCAGUGGUACGGCAACACGCAGCAGAUCGGGCAGUACGUGCCCAACGGAUGGCAGGUGCCGAGCUACGGCGUCUAUGGACAGACCUGGGAUCAGCAGGGCUACAAUCAUUUACACGCCGGAGCCGGAUGGACGGGAAUGGGCGCCCUCAGCAACGGAGGCAUGGUGGAGCCCGGGCAGGGCGUCAACGGGACGGUGCUAACCAACCAGGCCGGCAUGAGCACCGCCGGCUACCCCACCCACUGAUCGCAGCCCCCCGCCCCACCUCCACCCCGUCCAAAGGCCACAAGGAUGAUACUCUGCCGGUGAAGGAGCGCAUCAAAUGUGCUCCGACUCUCACGUCACAAAAAUUACUGUUAUUGAAGCUGGUACGCCAUUUCCCUGAUUCUACCAGCCCCGAGUCUCACCCACUGCCCGACUACAGAUGUAAAGAUAAAGAUUCACACUCUGACACUCUGCGAGCUUCUGCUAAUCCACCUUGCAUUCCUGGGCCCAUUUUAGUUUCUUUUAUUUUUGAGUAUAAACUGGCCAAAAUGUAAAUUACACGUGUCAAGGUUUUUCAAGCAGAGAGUCAAGUUUGGAGGGAAAAAAAUCACCCCCCCCCCCCCCCCCCCCCCUUGUUUUCAAGCCCCUCCGAGCCAAAGAGCAAGGGCAACAAUUUUAUACCAAUAUUUAACAAUCAUACAGACAGAAGAGGCGGCGAACUUUGCCGCAGAAAGCGCCCGAUAGUCCGUCGUUUCAGCGACACACCGACAGUCGUCGUCCUCCCCUCCCCUGCGCCGGAGCCGUCACUCUCACCGUUGCUCUGUUUCCAUAGCGACACGAGUCCCAACCAGUUCUCAGGGUCCUGUCGAGUCAUUCUGUGGGGGGUUGAGGAAGGGCGUGGGGGAGGAGAAGUGGGCGUGUCCCCGUCAUCUCUGGGACCGGACUGAACAGACGGAGGAGAUCUGUGGAUUGAAGCGUGUGUUUGCUUCUGUGUGUGCAUGAACUGAUGCUUUUACUCACCAAGACAACGUCCUGGUCAACGUCUCCUGAACCCAAAAGGACUAUGCCAUCUCUGUUGUUUAGUUUUUUUUUGUUGCUACAUUUAUGAUAGAGAACAUUUUUUGUUUGUUUUUUGAGAGGGGGGGGGGGGGGGGGUACUUAAAAAGCUGAAAUUGUACAAAGAGCUUUGACUUUUCAUGUUUCAUUUCAGGACUGAAGAAAAGUCUGCGAAACCAUCGAAUCAUGCCAGACCUUGUCGAGUUUGUUUGGGACAGAGGCUGCCAACUUGUUCUUUUUUUUUAAAUUAGUAUAUAUCUCAAAUUAAAUGAUUGCAGGGAGUACUGCCAGUCAUCAAACCCUAACAGGCAGACAAAUGUUGCACAUAUAUACUAAAGCCUGUCUUCACAAAAUUUGAAAUGCAAGAACUUGUUUUUUUUUUGUUGUUUUUUUUUGCAUUCCACUUUAUUUGUGAUUUUAUUCGGGAGCCAGGCUUAUGUAAAUAACACAAGCGGUCUGUCACAAUGUACUAAAUCUGUAUAAAGACAUGUUCAUGAAGAAAACCUGCUUGUUACUGGUUGGGGGCUGAAUUCCACACUGUAGAAUCCCUGCCCAGUUCCAGUCCGUGAGCGGUAGAGCGUCCUUUCCCGCCGGAGGGAAGGCGAGGCCACGCCUGGCCUGGCCCGGCGUGCGUAGGGACUGUUUUUAGAGACACAGACGUUCACACUGUGGCCGCUAACGUCUCGAUCAUAGUCGGAGAAUCCAUUGUAUUGCCUUAUUGAGGGAGUUUUUAAGUUAACCAAAAGUCAUCCGGGGGGGGGUUAGGCAGUGCCUAUGAAUGUUUUUUUUUUCCCGCCAAGACUUUGGCAAUGCGUCGCUCUCAUGGUUUGUUUUCUUUCUUUUUUUUUUUUUUGUUGCUUUGUCCUAUUAAAAAACGCUGAUGUUUGAAACGGC